GCACACUACCCACGUCCCUCGCACUUGCAGGAUCUCUUCAGUCUUUCACACAUUCACAGUUCAUAGUUUUCACACAGUCACACACUACAUUUCUCUCUCCUGGUUAAAUAAAAAAAAAAAGAAAAGGGGCCCCGGAGAAAAAGGAUUUAGCAUUAAUGCUGUAAUGAAAAGGCCAAAAAGGGGUAGAAGAUGGAACUUUGAAGAAGAAGAAGAAGAAGAAUGUGAUUGUCGAUAAUACUAGUACUUUUUCGUGUGGGAAGAAAGAGGGAUUCUUCUACUUCCAAAAAAAAAUGCUCACAUCAAUGAGGCAGCUCCUGCUCUUCCUUUUUUGCUUCUUCGUGUUCUUCUCCUGUUUCCAGCCCACUUUCUCUCGUGCACCAUAUGUAAUGAGAAUAAGUUGUGGAGCGCGAAAUGAUGUCCGCACUUCACCAACAAAUACAACCUGGUACAAAGAUUUUGCAUAUACUGGAGGAAUACCAACUAAUGGAACCCGUCCAAGUUAUCUAACUCCAAAUCUGAGUACUCUUCGCUACUUUCCUCUAUCUGAUGGUCCUGAAAAUUGUUACAACAUCAAUAGAGUGCCCAAAGGUCACUAUGCGGUGAGGAUCUUCUUUGGUUUGGUCUCAGAGCCCAAUUUUAACAAUGAACCAUUGUUCGAUGUGUCCAUUGAAGGAACUUUAGUUUAUUCUUUACCGACCGGGUGGAGCAAUCACGAUGAUGAGCAAGCAUUUGUUGAAGCCAUUGUAUACCUAGAGGAUGGGACAGCAUCUCUAUGCUUCCACAGUACUGGUCAUGGAGAUCCGGCAAUAAUGGCCAUUGAAAUUCUUCAAGUUGAUGACAGAGCAUACUUCUAUGGCCCAGGUCAUGGUCAAGGAACAAUGCUUAGGACUGUUAAAAGAUAUAGUUGUGGUGCUGAAGAUCAAAAGUUUGGUGUUGACUACCGUGCAGAUCCCUGGGGUGGGGAUCGGUUUUGGGAUUCCAUAUUAACUUUUGGUCAGAGUGCUGAUACGCCAAUAUCCACAAACAAUAGUAUCAAGUUAGCUUCAGUUGCUCCGAAUUUUUACCCCGAAGCUCUCUACCGGAGUGCUGUAGUUAGUACUGAUACUAAUCCAGUCUUAAUAUUCACAAUGGAUGUCGAUCCAAAUAGAAACUAUUCAAUCUGGUUGCACUUUGCGGAAAUUGAUUCUUCAGUGAAAGCUUCUGGCCAAAGGGUGUUCGAUGUCUUGAUCAAUGGUGACGUUGUAUUCCCAGAUGUUGACAUUGUGAAGAUGAGUGGAGGUGUUUAUAGUGCCCUAGUUUUGAACACCACGGCUGUAAUCAGCGGUAGAACUUUGACCAUUGCUAUGCAUCCUACAACGGGUAACUCUGCCUUAGUCUGUGCUAUCGAAAUUUUCGAGCUUAUAGCAGCAGAGGCAAAAACAUCACCCGGUGAAGUUAAAGCUUUACAGUCAUUAAAAUCCGCACUUGGCCUUCCCCUUCGUUUGGGGUGGAAUGGUGAUCCUUGUGUUCCUCAACAGCAUCCAUGGAGUGGGGCUGAUUGUCAAUUUGACAGGAUUUCAAACAAAUGGUUUAUUGACGGGCUUGGUCUUGACAACCAAGGGUUGAGAGGCUUCUUACCGGCGGAAAUAUCUAAAUUGCAGAAUCUUCAGAGCAUAAACUUGAGUGGGAACAGCAUUGGUGGGCCUAUUCCUUCAUCGCUUGGCACAGUUCAUACUCUAGAAGUACUGGACCUUUCAUAUAAUUUUCUGAAUGGAUCAAUUCCGGAGAGCCUUGGACUAUUGACCGCCCUACGAAUAUUGAAUCUGAAUGGAAAUUCUCUAUCAGGAAAAGUCCCAGCUGCAUUGGGCGGGAGGCUUUUGCACAGAGCUAGUUUCAAUUUUACAGAUAAUGCUGGUCUUUGUGGCAUCCCGGGCUUGCCAACAUGUGGGCCUCAUCUAUCUGCUGGAGCUAAAAUUGGCAUUGGAUUAGGAGCAUGCAUAUCCCUCUUGUUGUUGGCAACCUGCUUGACAUGUUGGUGGAAAAGGCGCCAAAAUAUCCUCCGAGCACAGAGAAUUGCAGCAAGAGAUGCUCCUUAUGCGAAAGCAAGAACUCACUUCAACCGAGAUGUUCAAAUGACUCGGCAUCAUGGCCAAGAACGCACAGCUGCUGAAAAUGGUCCUAGUCUGCUUGCUUAAAUGGUUAGUCAUUGGCAAUCCUGAGCCAAUACCAAAUUGGCUUCCAUUUUGUGGCUGGAUGAGUUGCAAAUUGCAUAGGAUCAAAACUCCAUUUUGAUUGGUUUGACCUCAACAUUCUGUAAUCUAUAGAUGAAAUGACCUCAGAAAAUGCAACUACACAGUUAGGUCUGUUGCAUAAUUGUAGAUUCUGACUUCAGAAUUCAGAUCGUAAGAAUCGCUUGUACAUUGGUUUCAUGUUUCACAGCUCGAUGUGAUAGAAUAGUGUAGCAUAACCAAAAGCCUUGACUUGUUUUUUUUUUUUUUUAAAUAUAUAUAUAUAUAUAUAUAUA